AGAAUCUGGAUUAAUAAAUUAAUAAUUAUUAUACUUAUUUAUAUAUAUAUAUAUACAUACAUACACUUAUAGCUUUAAAAAGAGAUGAAUUAAGAAAAGAUAAAAAUAGAAGCAUAUAAUGAGGCAUUAGAAAUUGUUAAUAAAUACAAACAUGAUAAUAAGCGCUUGUCAUUGAAGCAAAAGGCUAUUUAUAAGAAAUCAAAGAGAAUUAUUGAGGAAUACGAAGCACAGGAAGCCAAGGGCUAGUAAAAUGGAGGAUAGGGUAAAAAGGAUGGAAAAAAAGAUUAGCUUUAGGGAGCAGAUAGAUUUAAUUAGGAUCGCAAUUCUAUUUUUGAUACUAAAAAAGGUCAGGUUUUAUUCGAAUUGCAAAAGUCUUACAAAGGUGAUGAACGUUUCAGAUUGGAUAAGCGUUUUGCUGAAGAUAUUGAUGCUGAAAAAUUACCUAAUACACUGAAACAACUAACAACUGGUAUUGAUUUUGAAAAUCUCUCUGAUGGUAGUGAUUAUGAAUUUAAGAAGAAAUAAUCUAAGUAGAAGAAGAAUGAAAAGAAGCAAGAAAAAUAGUUGAAAAAGACUUAAUAGCUCAAUGAAAUUUAAUUAAAGGGUGAAAAGGUACCUUUAUCUGAACAAGCAAGCGAAGAUGAAGGUGAAAAAAAGCAAGCUGAAGGAUAAAAAGGACAAUUAUUUGGUUUUGGAGCUGGCAAAAAUGGUGCUGAUGAUGAUGCCAAUCAGAAUGACUCUGACUCUGAUUUUUUUACUAUCAAGGUAAAAUAAGAUGACGAGGAAGAAGAAGAAGAAAAUGAUAAGAAAAAAAGUAGUAAAAAUAAACUUAGAAAAGGCAGUGCUGAUGAAACAAAAUAAAAAUCUAACAAGAAAAGAGGAAGAGAAUCUAGUUCUGAUGAAUAAGAAGAAGAAGAUGAAGAGGAUGAUGAAGAGUAAGUAGUUAAAAGAUUAAAUGAAGAAAUGAAAGAUUAGAAUGAUGAAUAUAGUGAUUCUGAUAGUAUUUAGAAGGUAUAAUUUGAUGAAGAAGAUUAAUAAGAUGAUGAUGGUGGAAAAUAAUUCAGAAAAGCUUAUAGAAUUGCAAAAGACUAUAUAGAUUAAGAAGCUUUGGUGGAUGAAGAUGACAUUUAAGAAUUCACCUUGGAGGAGGAAUAGCACACAUAUUUAAAGAUUUUGCAAGAGUUGAUGCCAACUGAGAAGCUCUUCUUUUAAAAUAAGAAAAAGAAUGUUAAAGUUAUACAUAAUAAACAAAGUAGCUAUGCAGCAAUGCUUACUCAGGAAGAAGCUUAAACAAUGAGUGGUAAGAAGAAGAACAAAAAUAAAUCUAAGGUAGAAGAAAAUAACUAAGAAGAAGACAAUGAAGAAAACUAAAACGAAGAAAAUCAAUAACAUAAGAAAAAAGCUAAGAGUGGAUUUGACAAGGAUUUCAAUAGUGAUGACAACAAUGAUGAAGAUUAAUUUGGAAGAUAAAAAAGUGAAAAAGCUUACAAUUUGGUUAUUCCUCGUUUUGAUCCCUCUCAACUUGUAGUUAAGAAAGUCAUGUAAGCCUAAGAGAAUGAAAAAAUAUAAAAGCUCAAAGAGCAAGAAUCCAAAAAGAAAUAAAAGAAGUCAACUGAAGCUAAGAUUGAAGCUGGUAUUGACAAAAAAUUACAAAAAAUAAUGAAAGCCAAUAGCAUCUUGGAUAAGAAUCUCACUGAACACAGAAAACUCGAAGGUGUUGAAAAAGUUUAAAAGAAAGCUCCAGUUCUUAAAAAGCUAAAGAUUGAUUCAGACAAGUGGAAAAACAUUAUUAAUGAAACUUCAACCAUUAAGCAUGAAACAGAAAAAAGCAUUGAAUAAAGUAAUUAAUAGCAAACUUAAUCUCAAAAAAGUCAAUCUAAUACUAAACAAACUGUUGUUAGUAAUACAAAAGAACAACAACAAGUAAAGCCAAAGUAAUUAGGUAGAUCACCAGCUUAACCUACUAACCACCACACUUCCUUAGGUAUGCUUUUUGCUACCUUCCAACCAGAUGCCAAUUAAGAAGGAUCAAGAUCUCAAUUCAAAUUGUUUGGUUGA